AUCGUACACAUUUCGUUCGUUGGAGAGUUUCAUGAACUGGGUUAUGACCUCAUCACCUUACAUAAAAACAGGUUCAAAGCAUAUUUUCGUUGUAUGCCGUAUUAUGAACGUGCUCUGCAAAGCCUAUUGCGGUUUUCUUGUCUCAUUUGGUGGGAAGGCACUAUUAAACUCGGUUUCAUCAAGUCGUCUUUUACCCUUAAGCAUUCUGUUUCUGUCGUCUGCUACUUAUACUCGUCAUCAGGGUUCCGCUAGUACUAGUACUGGUGACGCCAUGAGUGAGACGAAGAGCCAAACGUAUGCACCCUCGACAAAUCCCAAAGGAGAGUUCGUUCGAAAGGACAGUACCUUUCGUAACUGGAUUACCGCCGAUGGUUCCAGCGGUUUCAAGGCUGAGACAGAUCGUUACCAUCUUUAUGUGUCCCUAGCCUGCCCCUGGGCACACCGUACUCUCGUUGUCAGGGCACUGAAGGGCCUCCAGGAUUUCUUACCCUACACUGUUGUUGAUUGGUUCCUUGGAGGUGAGGGGUGGAGCUUCACUGAUCAGAAACCCAAGUGCACGCUGGACACAGUCAAUGGUGCCAAGCUUCUCAAGGAAAUUUACUUCAAGGCAGAUGCAAGCUAUUCCGGUCGGUUCACUGUUCCAGUCCUUUGGGACAAGAAGACAAACACCAUCGUAAACAACGAGUCUUCUGAGAUCAUCCGCAUGCUCAAUAAGGAGUGCAAUGCCUUCUGUGCUACGUCCGAGCAGAGAAACCUGGAUCUCUAUCCAGAACAACUCAAGGACAAGAUAAACGAGCUGAAUGGAUGGGUUUACCCGAUGAUCAACAAUGGUGUGUACCGUGCAGGCUUUGCCAAGAGCCAGGAAGCCUACGAUGUAGCUGUGAGGGAAGUGUUUGAUGGACUGGACAAAGUUGAAGGAAUCCUGGCUGACAGUCGUUACCUGGCUGGUUCAGCUUUGACUGAGGCUGAUGUACGUCUCUUCACAACACUCAUACGCUUUGAUACGGUCUAUCAUGGCCACUUUAAGUGCAACAAGAAACGAAUCAUCGACUAUCCGAACAUCUGGGGAUUUGUUCGUGAUUUGUAUCAGAAUGAAGCCAUAAAAGCUUCGGUGGACCAGCAACACAUCCAGAACCACUACCUGCAAAGUCAUCUGGGCAUCAACCCAUUUGGCAUUGUUCCCAUUGGACCAGACUUGGACUUCGACGAACCACACGGCAGGGAUGCCAAGUUUACAGCUUAAACAGCCUCGGAAAUUUGAGGAAAGGAUGUGCGUUAAUUAAUUUGGUGCAGGGACUGGAAAGUUGUAAUCAGUAGGAUAAGUUAUUGCUAAGUUGGGAGAGUCAUAGUGUACUGAAAUUACUGUUUAGUAGUUUAUAAGUUUCAACAAUUGUUUCUUCCAUUUCAACUUUAAAUUAAAGACUAGAAACCUGGAGAAAAAUGUUCAAGAUUUAUUGCUUCAAAUUUCAGUGGAUAUUUCAGGGAAAACAAUUAUCCCUUUGAGCUUCUAGCUGGACCAAGAGAAAGUGCAAUUUCCUCAGCAAAAGAAGCUCCCUUGCUCGGAACUGAACUUCGCCAGUUCACGACAAUGCCAUUCGCUUUACAGAUACGUCGCUACCAACAAAAUGAACACUCCCGACCAACAUGGCUCUUUCCAACCAACGAGGGGGUGCUCCUGCUCUAAGCAGAUUGGACAUCAUAAAAAACACGAUUUCCUGUCACAAGGUGUAGUAGAAGAAUUACAUGUAGCUGUGCAGGGGAUCAUGCAGACAUUGACAGAUGGACAAUAAAGUGAAAGUGAACAUUGCUUUCUGAGUCAGUUAUUACUGAGGAUUUUCAUCACUUCAUUAUUAAUUUGUCUUAACCAUGAGUAUGUCAGAUUCAGUGGAAGAAUACUGAGUAAUUUUUAUAUAUAUUACUGGUAUUUUGUAAUUACUUACAUUAUUAUUAUUUUAAAGGACUUGCUAGAACUAGUUGUGAAUGUGACUGUGUGUUGACUAUUAGUGUUUAAAUCUUUUUGUAUUCUUUAAGUGGUGUGAGCAGGUGAUUAUCUGAUUCAGCUCUUUUUACAGUGAGAUACAGUAAAAAAAUCCAGAUUUUAUUCACUGUCUCGAAGUUUUAAAUGGUUUUUGGUUUUUAACGCAAUAAAGACAAAGGUUUGAUCCUAAAUUCAACAGA